AAGUUGAAACACAUUUCUCGGUUUUUUGAAGACUGUAAUAUUCGCCUCAUGAUCUGACAGAUACCUAUGAUCUAUACAAAAUGUAUUAUGACCAUGGUUAACUAAAGAUCAACUUACCUGAUAGAGUAUACUCAUGUAAGGAACUAGUAAGAUAGGUGUUCUCUCCCUGGCCAGCUCCAUUCAGAGGGAUGACAGAGAAGUUGUACACAUGACAAGGACUGAGGUAGUCAGGAGUGAAGGUGUAGUGUGUCUCAGUGAUAUUGAUACAGUCAGUACAGAGGAUGGCUGUUGGGUUGUUCUCAUCUGUCACAUUGUAGAUGAGGACAGAGUACCAGAUAUCAGGAUCAACACCAGUCACAUCCAGAGAGAAUGGAGCACUCCACGAGAUGGUCACUGAGCUGGCAUUGCUGGUGACUCUCAAACCACCUACUGCUGUCAGUGG